AUUUUCCUGCCUUUACUUUAGCUCACUGCUGCUUUAGAAACACUAUGAAAAGCAAAAGCAAAAUUGCGUAAUUAAAACCAGAAUCUUCUUUAAUUCUUUUGUGGUGUCUGUUCUCUACCACAACUGACACAGUUAAUCCCCUCUCAAGCUCAAAAAUAUCCAGGGAAAGAUAGAAAUCGCAGCAAUUAUUAAUACAAGAUACCCUGUAAAUUUUUCUUGGCAUGCCAAUAGCUCCUCUUUGAGUUCUUCAUUCCAAUAUAAAGUAGAACCCACUAUUUUAAAGCCAAAGCUAAAUAAACCCAUUUGCCUCAAGGCGUAUCCUCUCAACAAGCCACAAUGAGAGGAUUCAAAACUAGACCACCUUUAUUUUCCUUCAUUUUCUUGCUGUUUCUCACUCUACUAUGUGUUUCCACUGCCCAACAGAAAAAUCCCAUCAAGACCAUUGUGGUUUUGGUGAUGGAAAACAGAUCUUUCGAUCACAUGCUUGGGUGGAUGAAGAAAGCGGUAAGUCCAGCAAUCAAUGGGGUGACGGGGAGAGAAUGUAACUCUGUUUCGACCAAGAACCCAAAGCAACAGUCUAUUUGCUUCACAGAUGAUGCGGAGUUUGUGGAUCCAGAUCCUGGCCAUUCUUUUGAAGCUGUGGCGCAACAGGUAUUUGGCAAUGGUUCAAUUCCCUCCAUGACUGGCUUUGUUGAACAAGCGCUCACCAUGUCUCAAAACCUCUCUGAAACAGUCAUGAAGGGUUUUAGGCCUGAAUCUGUGCCUGUUUAUGCCACACUGGUGAAAGAAUUUGCAGUAUUCGAUAGGUGGUUCUCUUCAAUCCCUGGUCCAACGCAACCCAAUAGGCUAUUUGUAUACUCUGCUACUUCUCACGGCUCAACCAGCCAUGUUAAGAAGCAAUUGGCUAAAGGAUACCCUCAAAAGACGAUAUUUGAUUCACUUCAUGAGAAUGGUAAGAAGUUUGGGAUAUACUUCCAGAACAUACCCACAACUCUGUUUUAUAGGAAUAUGAGGAAAUUGAAGUAUAUCUUUAAGUUUCACCAAUUCGAUUUUAAGUUUAAGAAAGAUGCUAGAAAUGGAAAGUUACCAAGCUUAACGGUAAUUGAACCAAGGUAUUUUGAUCUCAAAGGAAUGCCUGCAAAUGAUGACCACCCAUCUCAUGAUGUUGCCAAUGGACAAAAGCUUGUCAAGGAGGUUUAUGAGGCACUAAGGUCUAGUCCUCAAUGGAAUGAGACCCUUUUCGUUAUUACUUACGAUGAGCAUGGUGGGUUCUAUGAUCAUGUCGAGACUCCUUAUGUUAAUGUCCCUAACCCCGAUGGCAACACUGGCCCUGCACCUUAUUUCUUCAAGUUCGAUCGCCUUGGCGUUCGUGUGCCCACAAUUAUGGUCUCCCCUUGGAUCAAAAAAGGCACUGUGAUAAGUGGCCCAAAGGGACCUUACCCAAACUCAGAGUUCGAGCACUCAUCAGUCCCUGCCACCAUAAAGAAAAUGUUCAACCUCUCCUCCAACUUCUUGACCCACAGGGAUGCUUGGGCUGGCACAUUUGAAAGGGUUGUUGGGGAGUUAACAUCUCCCAGGACUGACUGCCCAGUGACCUUGCCGGACGUGGCACCUCUGAGAAGCACAGAAGCAAAGGAAGAUAGUAACCUAUCUGAGUUUCAGAGCGAGUUAGUUCAACUAGCAGCAGUUCUCAAUGGCGACCACUUCUUGAGCAGCUUCCCUGAUAGGAUGAGCAAGAAGAUGAGCGUACGAGAAGCUCAUGAGUACGUGAGGGGUGCUGUUACAAGGUUCAUAAGAGCUAGCAAAGAGGCCAUUAAUUUAGGAGCAGAUGCAUCUGCAAUUGUAGAUAUGAGGUCAUCGCUCACUACCAGAUCUUCAGUCCAUAAUUAGUAGUACAUCAUCAUCUGUCUAUUGGCGUCCAUGUCACUAUCACAGAUUAGAAAUAUUAAAUUGGCGAGAGUAGGAAACAAUAUAAGCGAGUGAAAUAUUAAUUCAUUGUUCCUUAGUUUUUUUUAGAAGAUAUUUUGCUUAGUUUUGAGUCUCUAUGACAAACCGAAUGCAAAUGAUCUAAGCAAGCAAACUUCUCUACAAA